AGCAGUUUAGUGAUUACUUGAUUAGUAAAAGAUAUUAAACAGAUCGCCAUGCGCAAGAGCACCACAGAAGUUUUAUCGAAAAGCAGCGACAAGAAAAGAAACAGUAGUCGUAGCACUGUUCAGCCUCUUCACUUCCUCGUGCACAAGCCUGGCUGCCACUUCGAGAGCUGCUGCGGAGUCUGCAAUCUGUUCCCGGGGGUGCUACUUAUCGCAUUUGCCCAGGUUCUUGUGGGAUCUGUUUUGCUGACACUACUGACGUCCCACGGUCGGCAGUACGAUGAGAUCCACCAUACACAAACUACGCAGCUAGUCAGCUUGGCGACGGGUGCGGUGUUGAGCGGAGUCACUGGCGCUGGUCUCCUGCUGAUCGUCGUGGCGCUUACCGAAAACUGCAAGGCUAUGCUGGUAUACCUGUUGGUGGCACUAAUAGUUAUGAUGGGUAUAGUCACACUGGGGAUUUUCAAGAUCAACAAUUCAUGCGGAAGGUUCAAAGAUGCUCCUAAAAUAAAGGAUGAGCAACACCGGCUAGCUAACUUGGCGUGCGUCAGCGGUCUGCUCACGUUUUUCGGUGCCGUGGUAUAUUUCUUCUCAUUCGUGGUGGUAUUCAGCUUCUACCACUUCAGAUACGUCCGCCGCGCCAUCUUGCUGCACGAGGCCGAGUGCGAGUAGUGCGAGUAAUGCGAGACGUCCAGUGCGAGUAAGGACCCAUUUACACGAGCGCCUCCAAUGUCAAGGUUUAGGAAGGCACGCGUUUUAUGAAGACAAUUGCUACUACAUUUUAAAUUUGCCGCUAUUUUUAGUGCCAACAUUUGGUUGACCGUCUAGACUAUACAGACAAUUCAGUACACAAAUACCGCAAUCUAAUGAAACUCGCAUGCGUGUUCUCGCACCGUGUAAAUGUCCCCUAACGCGAAGACGACGGCCGAGUGAGGAGGGCCGUGCUUUUUCACAUUAU